CGCUUGCCGAUGCGCCGGUGGAAGCGAGGCGGCAGCGGCGACGACGACGGGCCCGACGAUGUGGUUCAUGUACGCCCUGAGCUGGCUCGCGCUGCUCAUCCAGGCCGCCUUCGUCACCCUCGGCAUCGCGGCUGGAUUGUACUACUUGGCAGAGUUGAUAGAAGAGUACACAGUAGUUACUAGCAGGAUCAUUAAGUAUAUGAUAUGGUUCUCCACAGCUGUGCUGGUUGGACUGUACCUCUUUGAAACCUUCCCCGGCCUUAUGGUCGGCGUGGGCCUCUUUACCAACCUGGUGUAUUUUGGAUUGCUGCAGACCUUCCCUUUCAUCAUGCUGACCUCUCCAAAUUUCAUCCUGUCCUGCGUCCUGGUUGUGUUGAAUCACUACUUGGCGUUCCAGUAUUUUGCAGAAGAGUAUUACCCGUUCUCAGAGGUUCUCGCCUACUUCACCUUCUGCCUGUGGCUCAUUCCCUUUGCGUUUUUUGUUUCCUUGUCGGCUGGGGAGAAUGUGCUGCCUUCCACAGUACAGACAGGAGAUGAUGUGGUAUCCAACUACUUCACAAAAGGCAAGAGGGGAAAGCGCUCCGGCAUUCUCGUCAUCUUCUCAUUCAUUAAGGAAGCCAUCCUGCCAAGCCGCCAGAAGAUGUAUUGACGCUGCCACCUCCCCUAAAUGCCUUCUGUUUACGCCCGGACACUUUUAUCUAGAUGGAACUUGAGGUCUCUGUGCUGUGGCGCUCACCGCUCCCUGCCAUGUUGGGAAUGAAUCGAUUGUGAAAUGUGGGACAGGCAAUCACCUAUACUGACAACCCCAAACUCUGGGAGUGUUGUCACUUGGAGCGCUCUCCUUUGCACAGUUGACUUCUGAGGUGGACGUGGUCACAGCAGAGGAGAGCCGUAUAAAAUGUUCGAUCUUGCCUCGGCAGUGGGGUCCUUUGAGCUGGCAUCUUUCGCAUUGAAAGCCAAAAUGCUUCCUCUCAAGACAGACCUUUUUCCUUACUGUGAAGGUGCUGUAAGGUUUUAACAGCAGGUUCAUGCAGACUUUGGAUCAGUGCACAAAAAGCUGGCCUCCACCAGCCUUGUUCCCAAGCGUUGUUCGUAGACAUGGUCCACGGACGUCCAAAUGCCCUUCUUGUUCAAAAUAUGCAUCUGACAUUGUGACGAAGAGAUGGGCAGAAAUCUUGGCUUUUGCGUUUCUUUUACAGGAUGUUUCUGGAUACAGAUCUGUGCCAGUAUUGAUUUAAAGGAAUCGGGGCCUUCUGGAGAAGGGACUGCGAAUCGCAUCUUCACUUGGUUGUUGAGAAUGUCCUUUGGAAGAUGCCCAGAGGGGGCCUUCGCAGCUGCUUCUUGGGUGGGCCAAAGAUCAUUGACACAGACUUCCUUGGUCGCCACUGCCUAGCUUUUGAGUUAAAUAAAAUGAUUGAAAAACCUUGAUCAGAAAUGAAGGUAGCUGGCAUAGCCCCAAUUUGCCAAUGUUUCACUCCCUUUGAACCUAUAUCGACUGGGAAAGAAACUGCCCACAUCCCUGAAGCUAUUGGGGGUGGGGGGAGUCAGGUUAAAUAGCUUCUUGCAAGGAUGUGAAGAUGUUUGCUGUCCUCUGGUUCCAGUGUCAAAUUUGCUUUCUGUGGCAUAACCCCCCCCCCCUGCUCCCAAUGGCUGUGUUCUGGAAUGAUGUAUGAAGAUUCCUUCCUGCAAGUGGGGGUGGGGGGGAGCUGGGGGACACUUUGGGCUGGAUUCUGGUGACACAUUUUGUUCUCUCUUAAAUUAACGGAAGUUUGGUUUCUGUUUGAGCACAAAACCUUUGUGUUAAUAAAGGUGUGAGAUGAAAUUUGUUUUAAAA